AGGCAAAGGGUAGGCCUUGUAACUAGUAUAUCCGAAUUGUACGUCCAUUGGAGCACAGCAUUUAGAGCACACACAAAGCUAGAGAGUAAAACCAAAGAGAAAGGUUCAUUUAGAUCAAAGACACAAUGCUGCGAAUUCCGGGAAUGCCCCUUCUGCCGGGCACGCUGUUCCGCGAUGUCUCCAAAGGGCACUAUCCAAAGCCGCAGUCGCUGUCCAACUUCCAGGGACUCAGCAUGCUGAGCGAUCGCCAGCAGCCUCCUCCCGCGGAGUCGGGCAGCGUUACGGUGGACAUAAGCUGCCCGCCAGUCGGGGCCUCCUCCAUUUAUCCCCCAAGAUCGGGUCCCCGAAUGCCGCCCUGGCUGGCCUACGACAAGAAGGUUCUCUGCUUCAGUGCCUACUUCAAGCAAACGCUGCAGGAGGUGUACCAUGCCCCCUACUUGGUGCGCAAGGUCAAGAUAUACUACUACCUGGAGGACGGCACUUUGGAGAUCUACGAGCCGCGGGUGGACAACUCGGGCAUUGUGCAGGGAUGCGUGGUUCACCGGCAGCGGGUUCCGAAGGCCCCGCCCUGCGAUAACGAGUUUAUGUCCCUCAUUGACCUGAACGUUGAUCAGACGGUUCAAAUAUUCGACCGUCAGUACCACAUCACCAAGUGCGAUCAGUUCACCAGGGACUUCCUUAACAAACGUGGCAUCACGGUGCCAGAUCCUGUAGAAUCGCCUUGCGAUCCCACUGAGACCUUGAGAAAGCGUGAAAACCAACCCAGGUCGGGGAAUCUGAUACCGAAGAACCAUCCCUUUGCCCAGUUCCUCAAGUACGACCGGCAAAUACUUAAGUUCCAGGCCUACUGGGAUGACAGAACCGAGUUCGGCGACGUCCGAAAGCUGGAGGUGUGCUACUAUCUAUCCGAUGACACCAUCGAAAUCAAGGAGCAGCACAUCCGGAACUCAGGUCGCGACGGACCGACGGUGUUUCUCAAACGCGGACGCUUGGCACGAGAAUUCGAGGGCCUGCUGCUGCCGGGUCAGAUGACUCCCAUGACGCUCCUGAACGUUCUGGGCACCAACAUGCGCAACGUGCGCUACUGCGUGGAUCCCCUGAACACGGGCAACAAGGAGAUCCUCUACUACAAGGAGCGCGACCUCCAGAUCGGCAGCGUGAUCAACGUGUACGGCCGGGCGGUGGUCAUCACCGAGCUGGAUCCGUUCACCCAGAACUACUACCGCCAGCGGUACGGCAUCCAGGACUUCACCCCGCUGCCGAUCCCCACCAGGUCGGAUGACUGCGCGGACCACAGGGCGGGGGAGCGCCUCCUGCCGCCCUACAACGGCUGGGGCAGCUACGAGGACUCGGUGGGCAACUGCAUCUCGGUGGAGCCCAAGCCGCCGCGGACGGACUUCAAGAAGUUCAUCAAGUACGAUCGCUACGUGCUGCGCUACGGGGCCAAGAUGCUCUCGACCAUAAAGGCGAACUGCGAGCGCAUCUUCGUCAUCAGCUACUACCUCAGCGACGACACGCUGCAGAUCCAGGAGAUAGCAGUGCGCAACUCCGGCUUCCUGGGCGGCGAGUUCAUGAAGCGCACCCGGCUGGAGCUGCCGGGCCAGGAGAGGUUCUCCUGCAAGCAGCCGCAGUACUACAUGCCCUUCAAUUUCUUCAUCGGCUCCACCAUGUCGCUGAAGGACUUCAUCUUCCACAUCGUCUCUGCCGACGAGUACACGCUCAUGUACAUGGAGCACCAUCCGGAGGUCUUCAGUCAGUCGAACGUGGUGCUCAUCAUGGAGAAGGUUCGCGGCUCCCUGCAGAAUCGCAUGGCCGAGUUUGUGGGCGCCUGUGUGCCCGACUGCACGGAUCUGGAGAAGAAGCGCGACGUCUUCGUCUCCUUCGAGAGCUUCAAGGGAGCGCUGAUCGGCAUCCUGGGCAAUGCGAUCAGUGACCACGAGAUCAUCACGCUGUGCCGCCACUUCUCGGCGGAGAAGAGCCAGCCCCACGCCUGCGACAGGUCCACGGUGAGGGCGGCGGCCCACCUGGAGCUCAAGCGAUCCCUGUGGAACGCCCGCGACGAUCUCAUGGAGCACUUCCACCACAUCAAUCCCACGAACCAGCCCUUCCUGCCCGAGGCCAAGGUGCGCUCGGCCCUGCGCGGAUGUCGCCUGCCCUUCUCGCUGGAACUCAUCGACAACAUCCUGUCCAUCCUGAACCGCAACGAGUGCGACUACAUCGAGGUGUGCGACCUGAUGAACUUCAUCGACGUCUCCUGCGGCAAGGGCUGCGACAUGGUGCCCGUGAACCACGCCUUCGAGCUGUGCCCCAAGAUCCCCUUCCUGAACAAGGGGCGGGUGGUGAACUUCACCUGCUUCCUGCGGGAGCUGAGUCUGCCCCUGAACCUGCCAUCGGCAGGCGAGAAGAACCACGAUGCGAUUGGCGAGGCCAGGAUACUGCCUCCGUCGGUCGUGUCGGAGGCCGAGUUCCACAAGCACGAGGAGGAGGCGCCUCACUCGUAGGCCAGCACAUACCCAUAGCUAGCGUUGACCAGGAUUACACGUUGUUCGUUCCAAAUUUUUGGUUGUAAUUCCUUGAUUCAGGUUCUGAAUAUACUUCAAAUUGCACUUUA